GGACGAGGGGGGCACCCGGCCGCUAGGUGCUGGGAAAGCCGUGAAGUUCGCGGCGCAGCCUGGUCAGCUGUCUGAGGGAGCCGCCAUGCUGAGCGCCACGUGCCGCAGGCUCGCCCCGGUGCUGCGGAGGCCGUGCGCACCGCCUGCGGUCGCCCGGAGGUGUCUGCAGGCACCCGGGGCCAGGUCCUGCGCUGACCAGAGCGAGAGGGCUGAGCAGCCUCGCACCUUCCACCCGGCGCUGCUGCAGUUCCUGGUGUGUCCGCUCUCCAAGAAGCCGCUUAGAUAUGAAGCAUCGACAAAUGAAUUGAUUAAUGAAGAGUUGGGAAUAGCAUAUCCAAUCAUCGACGGGAUCCCUAAUAUGAUACCACAGGCAGCAAGGACAACACGUCAGACUAAGAAGCAAGAAGAAGCUGAGCAGCACUAGGCCUUGUUUGUUGAAAGCAUAAUUACCGAGUUUUCUUAAUACUGCAGACCUUUAAAAUGGGGACGGGGACUUGGGGCGGAACAGUGAUUCUGCCUUGGCCUGCCUGACUGUUCUUCCCCUGCUCUCUUUAGUGGGACUAUUCUGAUCUGUUUUUCUGGAGAAUUUCCCACAGGGAUGCACCAGCACAGACAGGCUUUGCUUUUACAGUCUGCUUUUGCCAACUACCAUGCCAGUGUGUGUGUGUUCUUCCACCUUUGGAACCAGAUAGAUCUAAAACUCUUUAAGUGUAGUUAGUACAACCAUGGCCAGGACAGACAGCACAUACGUUAGUAAGAGAAGUCUGGAGCAACAUCUGUGAAAACUACAUAUAAACCAAUUUGGUUUAUAA